AUGAUUUGUGUCCGUCGUGUGAUAGUGAAGACAUCACAGAGCACGCGAUCAGAAACAAGGCCAAAUGCAAACAGACCCAACACGCACAACAGCAAUGUCCAAGACCUCGACAUUAUCCAACACAAAUGGGCAUUCGCAGUCAUUCCUAAGCCGCAUGAGGCACCGCCUCGGACACAAGUGGAACACGGAAUGGGCGCCGCUGAUGAAAGCGAAGAGUAG